AGCUCCUCAUUACCAACCAACCAUGAGCUCCCAGAUUCGUCAGAAUUAUUCCACCGAGGUGGAGGCCUCCGUCAAUCGCCUGGUCAACAUGCAUCUGUGGGCCUCCUACACCUACCUCUCUCUGGGCUUCUAUUUCGACCGUGACGAUGUGGCUCUGGAGGGCGUGGGCCACUUCUUCCUCGAGUUGGCUGAGGAGAAGCAGGAGGGCGCGGAGUGCCUCUUGAAGAUGCAAAACCAGCGCAGCGGCCGCGCCCUCUUCCUGGACAUGCAGAAGCCCUCCCAAGAUGAGUGGGGUAAAACCCUGGACGCCAUGGAAGCCGCCCUGCUUCUGGAGAACUUGAACCAGGGCCUUUUGGAUCUGCAUGCCCUGGGUUCUGCCCGCGCAGACCCCCAUCUCUGUGACUUCCUGGAGAAUCACUUUCUAGAUGAGGAGGUGAAACUCAUUAAGAAGAUGGGCGACCAUCUAACUAAUCUCCCCAGGCUAUCCGGCCCCCAGGCCGACCUGGGCGAGUAUCUCUUCGAAAGACUCACCCUCAAGCACGACUAGAAGUCUCUGGAGCCCAGCAGCCUUUGAGAGGGUCCCUCUGGCAUUCCCCCCAGAUGUCAGGGCUUGUGCCUGAGUCUCUCCUUGCAGCCACUAGGCAGCUUUUUAACCAACCUAGAGCCCUCUCCCAAGCCAUGAACCAAAUGAAAACAAUAAAGCUUUUUUGCAGGAAAAAAAAAAAAAA